AUGGCAUUCCCACAAUUAUUAGUUGGCAAAGUCGCCGCCGUUACUGGCGGUCUCACAGGCAUCGGACGAGCCAUUGCCCUUGACUAUAUCCGCCACGGAGCCAAAGUCUCCAUCAGCCACCUAGGCGGCGCAAAAGAAGACGCACUGCUAGAAGCACUCCGCAAAGACGUGACCGAGAUCGAAGCCGAAGCAGCCACGUCCCGCUUCAUCACAGUAGCAGGCGAUAUAUCGCAGCCUGAGACCGGCCAGAACUUCGUUGCAAAGACCGUCGAGGCAUUCGGGCGCCUCGAUGUAUUCGUGAGCAAUGCAGGCGUAUGUCAAUUCGCCGACUUCCUAGAACUCGAACCCUCUCUCCUUAAUCACACAGUCUCAACAAACCUCUCAGGAGCCUUUUAUGCGACACAAGCCGCAGCGCGUCAAAUGGCGCUAGUGCAGUCGCCACCGGGAGGUUCAAUUAUCGGCGUGAGCUCCAUUUCCGCUCUCGUGGGUGGUGCCCAGCAGACGCACUAUACACCCACCAAGGCGGGUGUGUUGAGUCUAAUGCAGUCGUGCGCGUGUGCUCUUGGUAAAUAUGGCAUUCGGUGUAAUGCGCUGCUACCGGGGACUAUCCGGACGCAGCUUAAUGAGGAGGAUAUGAAGGAUCCCGUUAAGCGGAGCUACAUGGAGGGUCGGAUUCCGCUAGGUAGACUGGGUCAACCGCGGGAUCUAGCUGGGCCAGCUGUGUUCCUGGCCUGUGAGGAAUUGAGUAGUUACGUGACUGGCGCACAGCUACUAGUUGAUGGAGGAUUGUUUGUGAACUUGCAAUAA